CGGCCUGCUCCAAGUCUUGCACCAGUCUUAUUAUUGAUAUUAUCAACCCCUAUGCCUGUCUAGUCCGAUCAUUCAGACUAUAAGCCAUCAUAUGUAUUAAUUACAGCCUAUUUUCCUAUUGGAAUAUACCUAACACUCCUUGUUCUUAGAGCUCGGCCCUAAGAUAAGACAUCAUGGCUUCUGAGUCCGAUCAGCAGCAGACGCCCAACACAUGGGGGAAAGCAGAAAAGAAAUUCACACAUAAACCCGCCAGCGAGUACUACGACCCCUGCCAAGAUUUCGCCGAUCGCAGUCUCAAGUGCAUGAAGCGUAAUGGCUUUGACAAGGAGAUGUGUGGUGACUAUUUUCAGGCCUAUCGAGAUUGCAAAAAGCAAUGGUUGAUUCAAAAGAAACAGACCUCGUCUAGCUAGAGGAGAGAGGGAGAGUUUAAGUUAUAUUUUUCGAUGCAUCCUUUGCAGGCAUAAGUUGCCUGUAGUACGCCACUCCUGAUCUCGUCAUUGAUAUCGGUCCCUUGUCUGAUACGACCGUGUAUUGCUCCGUCAUUAUUCGCUUUUGUCGCUGUUAUCUCCGGCUUUUUCAAGCAAAAUCGUACCCGUUUUGGCGUUGGCGCUUGCCUGGGUCUCUCUUGAUUCAACUGGGACUCGGGGGUAGAUCUUCUUAUCGUCGUCGUGAGGGGGCUUUCUUUCUUCUUUGGGUUUGUUUUUGCCAGGACAAUUAAACUAUCAGGACGAUCUCCGCUUAUGAAAUUAAAGUUUUAUCUAUGGCUUUGGUGAAGCUUGAUGCUAUGUAUAAUAUUCAGAACAGCUAGUUAGCUAGUGGGCUUAUACCUGACUGUAUAAUAGGAUUCUAUAUUCUCUC